GCACAUCCACCAUGCGGCCCCUGUGGCUCCUCGCUGUGUCUCUGCUGGCCCUGAGCCAGGCCCUGCCCUUUGAGCAGAAGGGCUUCUGGGACUUCACCCUGGACGAUGGGCUGCUCAUGAUGAAUGAUGAGGAGGCUUCAGGAGCUGAUACAACCUCGGGCGUCCCCGACUUGGACUCCCUGACACCCACUUUCAGCGCCAUGUGUCCUUUUGGCUGCCACUGUCACCUGCGGGUUGUUCAGUGUUCUGACUUGGGUUUGAAAACUGUGCCCAAGGAGAUCUCACCUGACACCACACUGCUGGACCUGCAGAACAAUGACAUCUCUGAACUUCGCAAGGAUGACUUCAAAGGCCUCCAGCAUCUCUACGCCCUAGUCCUGGUGAAUAACAAGAUCUCCAAGAUACAUGAGAAGGCCUUCAGCCCCCUACGGAAGCUGCAGAAGCUCUACAUUUCCAAGAACCACCUGGUGGAGAUCCCUCCCAACCUGCCCAGCUCCCUGGUGGAGCUCCGUAUCCAUGACAACCGCAUCCGCAAAGUGCCCAAGGGCGUGUUCAGCGGGCUCCGGAACAUGAACUGCAUUGAGAUGGGUGGGAACCCCCUGGAGAACAGUGGCUUUGAACCUGGAGCCUUUGAUGGCCUGAAGCUCAACUACCUGCGCAUCUCAGAGGCUAAACUCACCGGUAUCCCCAAAGAUCUCCCCGAGUCUCUGAAUGAACUCCAUCUGGACCACAACAAAAUCCAGGCUAUUGAGCUAGAGGACCUGCUCCGCUACUCCAAGCUGUACAGGCUGGGCCUGGGCCACAACCAGAUCCGUAUGAUUGAGAAUGGGAGCCUGAGUUUCCUGCCCACCCUGAGGGAACUGCACCUAGACAACAACAAGCUGUCCAGGGUGCCCGCGGGGCUUCCGGACCUCAAGCUCCUCCAGGUGGUCUAUCUGCACUCCAACAACAUCACCAAGGUGGGCGUCAACGACUUCUGCCCCAUGGGCUUCGGGGUCAAGCGAGCAUACUACAAUGGCAUCAGCCUCUUCAACAACCCUGUGCCCUACUGGGAGGUACAGCCAGCCACCUUCCGCUGCGUCACUGACCGCCUUGCCAUCCAGUUUGGCAACUACAAGAAGUAGAGGCAAUGGCAGCCACCAUGGUGACCUAGUGGGGGGGUCUCUUAGGAACACAGCCAGCUGUCCCAGAGGGGAAGGCAAAGCGAGGAAACAAAGCCCCCACCUUUGGUCCCUGACCCCAACUCGCUGCCCCAUCACAGCCUCUCCCUGGCUCCCAAGCAUGCAGGUCGACACAAGGCCUGGCCCUCAUCACUUGCUCCCCUCAGCUCCAGAGAUGCGCCACUCGCCAAUGGGGCCACUCAGAGGUGCCCCCACGAUUACCCUCAAAGCCAAUUGUGCGAGGCUCCAGCCUUAGGAAAAGUUGGUCCAUGGGUCAGCAGGGCAGAAGGGGUUAGGAAUGGAGACAGUGGACUUUGCCAUGGCCACCACCUCAUCCAAGCACACGUUCCUCUUCUUUCUCAUAUGCUGUAGUCUUCCAGUUCUCCUGGGUCCUGCCUGCUGCUCUUGGCCUUUGGUUCCUCCACUUCAACAAGUUCAUCGCCUGUCUAUCCCAGCUACCUUGUCCCUCUGGACCAAUUCAAUCUCAAUCUCAAUCUCUCUCCUCUCUUCUCUCUUCUCGCUUCUCUCUCCUCUCUCCUCUCUC